GGGGCGGCGGCGGCGGGCGCCGCAGGCGAUGCCCCUGCCUGGCUGCUCCGGCGGGGGGCGGUGCGAGCGGCGGCGGGGGAGCAGGCAGGGGGCGGCGGCUGCUACAGAGGGGCCGAGAGCUGGCGGCGGCGGUCGUGAAGGGCAUCGGCGGCGGCGGCGGUGAUGGCAGUGCUGAUCUGAAGAUGGAAAGAGCCAGGCGAAGGGGAGGCGGCGGCGGCGGCGGCCGUGGCCGCGGCGGCAAGAAUGUAGGGGGCUCUGGCCUAAGCAAGAGUAGACUCUAUCCCCAGGCCCAGCACCCCCACUACCCCCACUACGCGGCUUCAGCCACCCCUAGUCAGGCUGGGGGCGCCGCCGAAAUCCAGGAGCUGGCCUCUAAACGAGUGGACAUCCAGAAAAAAAGGUUUUACCUAGACGUGAAGCAAAGCUCCCGGGGCCGGUUCCUAAAGAUAGCCGAAGUCUGGAUAGGGAGAGGCCGGCAAGACAAUAUCAGAAAGAGUAAACUGACCCUCUCCCUGUCUGUGGCAGCGGAGCUGAAGGACUGCCUAGGGGACUUCAUCGAGCACUAUGCCCACCUGGGCCUGAAAGGCCACCGACAAGAGCAUGGUCACGGCAAAGAGCAAAGCUCCAGGAGGAGACAGAAGCACUCAGCACCCUCCCCACCAGUCUCUGUAGGGUCCGAAGAGCAUCCUCACAGUGUCCUCAAGACAGACUACAUAGAGAGGGACAAUAGGAAAUAUUAUCUAGACCUAAAGGAAAAUCAGAGGGGUCGCUUCCUAAGGAUUAGACAAACCAUGAUGCGGGGCACUGGCAUGAUAGGUUAUUUUGGCCACACUUUGGGCCAAGAACAGACUAUUGUCCUCCCAGCACAAGGGAUGAUUGAGUUUCGAGAUGCCUUGGUUCAGCUCAUUGAAGACUAUGGCGAAGGGGACAUAGAAGACCGCAGAGGUGGAGACGAUGACCCAGUGGAACUCCCAGAGGGGACUUCUUUCAGAGUGGACAAUAAAAGGUUCUACUUUGAUGUGGGCUCUAAUAAAUAUGGAAUUUUCCUGAAGGUAAGUGAGGUGAGGCCACCUUACCGUAAUACUAUUACUGUUCCAUUCAAAGCUUGGACAAGGUUUGGGGAGAAUUUUAUCAAGUAUGAAGAAGAGAUGAGGAAAAUUUGCAACAGCCAUAAAGAAAAGAGGAUGGAUGGCAGAAGGGCCAGUGGUGAAGAACAAGAAUGCCUCGACUAGAAUGAAAUUGAACUCCAUCAGGCAAAAAUUAUAAUCCUAAAUUGGCUAAAAGUACUGAUCCAUACUCAUUCGAAGAAGUUUUUCCUCUUUUUUGGCCCUUUGUUAUUAGUAAUACCUCUAGUAGUUUAUACUUCAAGGAGUCUGAUUCUCACGUUAUGUUAUCCAUAGAACGCUAUUAUUCUUAUGAGAAUUCCAUCCUUCCCAGAGCUAAAUAGUUUAGCUGCUUCAGCUGCUCCAGACUAUUGAAGUAUGCAAAUCAGCACAAAGUGUGACAUUCUGACCUUUUAAAUACAUGACUAAAAUUUACAUUGCACUAUGACAUAAACCUGAAAAAAGAUACAUAUAGGUAAUACAAAAGUGUGAAUUUCUGUUUAACAGGUUCUCCCCGCCCCCAAAAAAGUAUUACAUUCCUACUUCAUUAAAAGCUGCUAGGCUUACCUGUAGGACAGUUACCACAGAAACAGAAAUUGACUUCUAUCAUAAAUAUAUUUAUUUAUAAAAGUACAAGUAGAAAUGUCUUAAUUGUCCAUUGGACAACCAAAUAUUAAACAAUACCAUUAAGAAAUCAAAUCUUAGAAUUACUAUAGUAAUCCAUAAUUUCAAAUUUUGUGGUAACACUACAGUUUAUAAUUGCCAUAUCAACACCAUGAGAGAAUUUUCAUUGGCUAUUCUAAGCUAGUUACAAUCCCAUCUUCACGUCUGAUGAUUGUACCAUAUACUAUUAUUGACUUUCCAAAGUUUCAGGAAUUACUUUUAUGUCACUGUUGUGUGGGAGGCUUCAUCCUAUGGCUCUGCUAUGGAAAUGUGAUGUUUUAGCUUUUCAUGCUAAUUUGAAGGUUGUGAGAGGUUCUUUCCCAAAAUAUAUCAUGGACCCAAGGUGUUAUAUUUUAUGCUGCUGCUGUAACACUAUUUCAGAGGGGUUGGUGCACCAGUUACCUGAUAAAAAAGAUCAGUAAUAAUAUAUUUUAGUAGCAUUUUUGCAGUUGCUACCCUUAAAAUCACAGCAACGCUUCCAAUAUAAAUGUGACUUUUACGGGUCUUUCAAUUCCAGGAAAAAAAAAAUUUUUUAAAGCAUUUAGAAUAAAUAUAAAUUUUCAGCCUGGAAAAAGUAGUAUUUAAAGAUUGGUUGUAAACAUCUUUGAAAGGAAAAAUCAGGCAGUUUCCAAGGUGCUCUUUAAAAUACCUGAAAGGUUUACUUUACACAAGACUCACCCACUUACUUGUAUUAAAAAUUACUUUCCAGGAAGUGCCACAGCAAUUUUUCAACACCUAAGCAAUUUUUUAAACAGGUGGAUAUAAUGUAUAUGUGUACCAACCCACCCUGUAUCAACUGACUGAAAUUUUAUCUGUUGAGCUGCAUUUUAUUCUGGAUGAAAUUACUGUCUUUUAUCUUGGCUUUAUUCACCUCUCACACAGUAAGUCCAUAUAAUCAUGUUUAAGAGCCAGACACUGAUUUCAACCCCCAAAUAUAGCUCUCAUUGAUGAGAGCUGGCUGCAUGGAUUGAGAUCAGAAUGUAGCUCUUCUUUCACAUGCUACAAGUAAUUCCCAAUUAUUUUAACAGGUUUUUUCCUCUGUAGGUUUGUCCCCAAAUACCUUCAAGUAAAGUCACUAAGAAAACUCUAUGAUAGGAAUUAAGAAAAUUAAUUUCACAGAUUUUACUUAAAAAGAAGCAAUCAGUAACCCAGACUUACAUGCUAGUGUUGGCCUGCAGAUUAUAUUUCUGGUUUCCUCAAGUAGUAUGAAGGAAUCUCACUAGUUCAUUAUAAUUGCGGACCAUCUGGAUCACUGUGGAAUAACUGAAGGUUAGAAGAUGAUGUUAGUACUAGAGUUAAUAGCACAUGGUGGGUGUUGAGACUCUAAAAGUAGCAAAGAUCUUUAAACAGUCCUAACUGUAAAAUGACUAUUCUGGGCUUGAUAAAAAGUAGCUUUGGGGUAUAUGAAGGCGUGGUGUGCACUUGAAUUACUGUACUACUGAUUGUUUUUGCUGCCCAUCAUAGUGCCUAUUAAUAAUCAACCUGUCAGAUUUGGGCAAACGAGCUGUGAAUAUUCCAGUAUUUGAGUGUUCCUAUCACUAUUACUGUGACUGUAUGCUCUCUCUUAAAACCUUCCCUUCUAAAAUAUUUAUAUCCGUUAAGUCUAAAUGAUUUCCUUUUUGGUUUUCGGUCUGGUAAGCUUUGAGUGUGUGUGUCUAUAUAUGUAUAUACACAUACACAUAUACGUGUAUAUAUGUGUGUUAUAUAUAUACAUACACACAGUCCUAUGUCAGACUUAAAGAUAAAUGUCUUUAACCAUUGUAUAUAAAUAUUAGUUUAAUUUUGCAUUAAUAAUUUACAUAAAAACUUAGGCAUCCAGUUUCUACAUUGUGGGUAUACUUCAAAGUUUUUACAAUCGCAAAGCUACAGAUUGGAUAGAGGCAUAUAUACCGCCAAUUGAAUAUAGUUUAGAAUCAUUAAGCCUUCUGCCAGUCUGUUUCAUUUUUUUUCAAAGGUAAUGUUAAUUGAAAAAUGAAAUGAUGCUAUGACUUUUGGAUACUUAAAAUUUCCAAUCAUUCAUUAGCCAUAAUCAAAUAAGAUCCAGUCCAAAACUUUGGUAUUAGGACAUGUAUUGCCAUGUAUCUUAUAAAAUAAGCUACUAUUCUUAUCUGUGCAAUAUACAUUUUAUUUAUUGUCAUUUGUACCAUAAAUGGAGCUGCAAGUGUACAUGGUAUUCAGAAUAAUAGAAUCUCUGCCUUGAAGACCUAAAUCUCUUAAGGCAACUGGAUGUUAGAAGUCAAAAAGUGAGCAUUAAAGUUAGUAACCAAAAUUACUAGUUCACUGUAUAAUCCUAAAACACUGAUGAUAUUUGCACAUAAUACUCUAAGCAUAAUGUGGUACAGACUCAAAACUGUAAUAAUAUAAGCUGAUAGUAUGAAAUUUGGAAACGGGUUCCUCAUAGUAGUUGGCAGUGUGCUCCUACCAAGUGAGAGCAACAAUAAUCUGUUGCUUAUAUGCAAAAGAUGCAAUGUAUUAUAAAGUAUUAAACUUCUGCCACAUUUUAUAAUUUUCCUUGUUAAAGCCCCAAACUGCCAUGUCCCUUAAACUUGAGUCAAACACAAGCUUAUUUGCACUAAAGAGCAUGGCCAAAAAAAUAAAUGACAGGGUGGAAAAGCUAGUUGGAACCUCUUGAAAUAAUUGGUUCUAAUGGGAGAAUUUCACAUUUGUCUAUUUGAAAGCUAUAUGGUCCAGGCAGACAAUCUGUCAGUUCACUAAUUUAAUAAUGCACUUUACCUUUUGUAUAUAAAAGAUGUACAUUUAUGCCACUUGACUGGUGGGAUGUGUUUCAAUAACUAUGUAGUUAGAAUCUGUAGGGUGAUCUCUUGCAUGCAUAUAUUUGUGUUGGAACUGCUGUAGUAACAAGUUUCCAUUAAAUCAGUGUAAUGGAGAUGGGUAGAAGAUGCUUCUGAAAAAAAAUCCCAAUACAUUUAAGAAAUAAUUUUAAAGUAGUGUUCAUAUUUGUAUUCUUAAGGAUUAGAGUCAAUUUAAAAAACUAUUUCUAGCCCAGAUUAGUAUUACAGUUGAGAUUAUAUCUAAUUGACACUCCCCAUAAUACCCUGAAAAUGAAUUUUGGGAAUUUGUGCAGACAAAAAAAUUUUAAUGGUUCUGUGUCAUUGUUUAAAUUGUGUGUUUAAAUUACAAAUGAAAAGAAAGCCCAUGAUACUAUGUUAGAAUUAAAAAUAUGGUUGGCUGAUUUGGCAUCAUUAAGAAAAUACCCAAACUAAAGAAAGAAAAUUCAAAUUGAGGAAAUGCUAAGAGCCUUAGAACAAUUGCUAAAACAAAUAUGGUAUUAUUUCAAAUUUUGUAGAACUAACUUUGAUCAACCAAGAAGGGUAUUAGGGGACUUACUGUAUCCUUCCCAUCCUAAAAACUUCCUAAUAUGUACAUUUGAAAACUAAAUAAUUGUUGCUUAAUAAUAGGCUGUAUGUACUUUACUAAGAAACACUGUGUACUAACAAUUCAUCAAGAGUAUACUAUAUUUACUGCAUUCAUUUUAUAUCUGUGGAUAAGAAUACAUUAUAUAGUGAGCCUAUCUUAAUAUGAUCAUGUAUUUAUAUUGUAAUUUUGCAAAUAUUUUCAGUAAAAUAAACAUUUAUUUAAGCUGCACAAUUUGAAGAGGAUGAAAUUGAAAUACACCUUCAGCACUCAGUUUGAAUAAGCAGCUACCUUUGAAAGCGGACAUGUGUACUAUCAUUCCUUUAGAUUUUGUUUUAUGGUUUAACAUUUAAGUUAAUAGGACUUAGUUGGAAAAUUGAAGUACUAUUUUGAAAAUAAUUUUUUCUUGAGUUUUUCUCCUACUUAUUUCGAAAUGUCUUUCAUUGGAGCUAUUUAUAAAAUCUUAGCCCAAGCUUUAUGUAAGAGCUUUGCUUAGUCACCACGUAGUUUGAAGUCUGUCUUUUACCAAAACACCAAACAUCUUUGGCAGGGUAAAUCUAAAGUAAACCACAAAAAGAAGUAAAAAUUGAUUCUAUGCCAAGAGAAUAAUACAGGUGUAAUAGUUAUCACUGCCAAAUAAUAAUCUUAAAUCUUUCUGAAGUUUCCUUAAAGAUUUCUCGAAUUGUAGAGAAAUGGUGGCUCAUGGCUAGCCCAUCAGAGGAAGAGAGUAAGGCUAUUAGCAUGCCACUGAGACAACCCGUAGUCCACAGUGCUGUAGCAAUGAGGUACAAGGACAACGUGUUUUUCCCAUUUUCAUGUCUUGUGAAAAUCAAGUUUUUAGAUCCUAAUUACUCUGUCACACCCAAAUUUAUGUACAAAAAAUUUAUAUGUUAGUAUAUGUUCCUGUAUAAUGUUAAAAAGUUAAUUCUUUUCUUAAUUUGCACGAUUUUAAGUAAUUUAAAUUUAUUUUAGUAGUGGGUUUUUAAUCACUAUUUUUGAAUAGGAAAAACAUUCAUGUAGUACAAAAUUUAAAUGCACCAGAUGGGAAGACAGUGAAAAGUAGCUGCUAGUGUUACCAGUUUCCUGUGUAUCCUACAGUUACUCUGCAUAUACAAACAUUUGUGUAUAUAAAUACAUUUUUAAACAUGCAAUUGAAAACGUAUAUACACUCUGUUGUACCCAGGAGUGUCAAUUUUAGAUCUGUCAUUAGAAGUGAUUUUUUCCUCUUAGAUACCAUACUUGAUCUAGUUAACAUAGAUAUUAAUUUAAACUAUUUAUAACACCAAAAGAACCUCAAGGAAAGUUUGAAUGAAUCCCUUUGUAAUUUACUGAAAAUGCAAAUAUGUGUAUAUAUCAAUUUUAAAUGUAUAAUCAGUUUCUCUUCCCUGUUCCUGACAGCUUUGCCCUCCUAUCUUCCCCUCUCCCUUCCCUCCAAAAAUUAUUGGUCUUUUUCUUGAAGUAAUACAGUUCAGGAUGUUAAAUUAUUUAACCAAGUGUUAUUUUAGAUUAACUCUGUCUUCUAAUGAAGAACACUCAUAUUUAAAAGCUUUAACAAACUAUCACUUUCAGUAGGUAUUUACUAAUUUCAUUACUAUUAUUUUUAUCCAAAGACCUUGCCAUUAUAAAACCAAAUCAUUACUAGAACCAUAGGAAAAAAGGUCAUGAUCCUAUGGAAAAUCUCUUGAUUUAUUAACAUGAGCUUUUGUAGUUAUAUUGAGAAAGAUAUAAUUAUUAAUGAAUAAUUCAUUUAGCACUUAGUCAAAUCCAAGACUAAACAAAGGGAUAACACUAGUUCUGAAUAUUUAAAGCAUCAACUCCUCAUUGAGGGAACCAGUGUCGUCGGAUUUCCUUGGGACCCAAAAGUACUUUAAUUUGCGAAGAGUAAAAACUUAGGGGCUAUGAGGUUAUAAGUACAACUCAACUAUCUCCAUUUUCUGCUGAAAGAAUAUAAAAUAGCUAAUGUAAUUGUUUAAAAAUGAAGUUUGCAUAAUUGCUAUUCCUAAACAUGUAAACAAAAGUUAAUAGUUCCUCAAUCCCUUCCCCCCCAAAAGUGAUAAUUCUCUUUCUAUUCACAACAAGGGGGCAUUUAAGGUCACUUUUUUCUAAUAACCAUCAAGAAAAAUUAUCUGAAAAAUUAAAGGUCUUACACUUGAGCCAUGAAGGACCCUAUCUAGUUAUAAAUUAAAUCAACCAAAGUAAAAGAUCCAAUUCUAUUAGAAUAUCUUAAAGAAUAUGUUUGGUUGAGAAAUCAUUUUUUAAUGGAUUGGUAUGUGUAAACUUUAUGAAAAUAUUAAAAGGCUUAAGAUGUUAAAAAUCAUUGGUUUCAACUUUAGAAUAACAUUUCUGUAAUUGACAGCAUGAUUUUCUGUUGGUAGUAUGAGAGAGGUGGCGUUAGAAAACAAGAUCCUCCUAAACAUAUAUUUUUAAGCAUAAAAGAAGAGUUUGCUUCUUUUAUUUUAGUAAUAAAUAACUCAUUAUCUUUUGCAGAAUCUGUAACAUUGGUAAAGAUCUCCAGAUAUUUACUUGUUUAAGCUAAAUAUGGUUUUAUAUGUAUUGCUCCUUGUUUAAAGGAGUCAAAAGGAAGGCAGAUUCACCUUUGAGACUGAGUUUUACUUAAAAUUUAGUCUAAAAAACAUUAAUAAUUUCCCAUCCUUUAUUGAGGAGUUUCUCAUGUUAGUGCUCUCCAAAACUUUAUUUCCAAACUUGUUCUUCUUUGGAAUAUCUCUUGUGAGAAAUUGCUUUUUCUUUUUGAGGCCAGUGGCAUCUACCAGUAAAUAAAAGCUUACAAGUAAUGAAUUGGUGCUGCUACAGUGAAGUUAGUUUGUAAUAUGAAUAUGGAAAAAAAAUACUCAUUUAAAUGAAAUUUACAUUUUCAUCUUUACUGUUGUUGACUUUUUUCUAAGUCUGUCCUUUCACUUUUACCCUUUUGUACUUAGUUUCUGUGAUAUUCUAUUCAAAGUAUUCAUUUUUCCUAGGAACUAUGAGGAGUUAAGGGAAAUUAAUCCCUAAGAAAAGUGUUCAUAGUAUUUGAAAGCUAGAGUCGCUCAAAGUGUAAAAUUGGGAGGAAGUGCUUUUGUCAGUUUUUGUCUUUAUCAGAAUAACGAUAAUAAAUUUGACUACUGUAUUAGAUCUGAUUAGAGUCAGAAUAUCUUUAUCUGAGACACCUAUAUUUAGAAAUAUUCCUUAUUGUAUUUUUCUUAGAGAAAAUGAUUCUGUAGGGUAAUAUUCUUCCUCUGGAUUUUAUUUUUUUAUUUUUGAUUUGUUGUGGAUUUGAUGAAGCUGUUGCAGAGAGAGAGAUAGCAAAUAUAAAAGAAAUAGAGAAGAGAAAGGUGGUGGCUAAUUAUUUUGCUUGCCUCUGACAAAAGAAAUAAAUCUAACGGAAAUGAGAUAAGUAAAUCAUUCUCAGAACUAAAUCCCUCUUUAUUUAACAUUUCAAAGAGCAUUUGAGGAAGAAUAAUAAGACCUAAUUCUGCCAGUGUAUGGCCUGACCCUAAGCAAAUCAUUUAACUUCUGUUGGAUGACUUCCUUAUGUGAAACAUGAAUAAGAUUGUACGAGAAGCUAGGGUUCCCUCCUACUCUAAACUUUUUAAAUUCUGUAUCAGUGAAGUGUGACAUAAACAGAUAAUACUAGAAUUGGAAACUGCAAGUAAGAGAUGCUCUCUUUAUAUUAAAAACAGUUAAUAAUAACACAGCAACCUGUGAUGAUGCCCAAAUGAACAUGCAGAAGUUUUAUAACUUGUGUGUAUCUCUUCAGUCUCACAAAAUAAAAUGUUGUUCCUAGUCCUCUUUAAAUUGUGGUAAACUAACUACAUAACUAUCCUAUGCUUUAAUUUUUAAAAAAAUUUUUAGGAGUUCCCUAAAAAUAGCAGCAGGUUAAGGAUCUGGCAUUGUCACUGCCAUGGCUCAGAUCCCUAUUGUGGUUUGGGUUCCAUCCCUGGCCCUGGAACUUCUACCUGUGGUGGGUGUGGCAAAAAAAAAAAAAAAAAAAGAAUUUUAUUAUCUAUAUGAGGGAGGUCUCAUUUUUUUAAAGUAGUAUCACUUGUUCUAAACAUACUGUAAUCAUUUUUAUAUUCCACAUGGCAAAAGAAUGUUUAAAGUUAACUUCACUUUCUGAAAUGCCAUUGUUCCUGAAAUAACCAUAAAUUACAUUGCUAAGUAAUCCACUGCAAUUGCAGUGGCCCCUGAGAAUCAAGUACUUCCUUUGACUCCUAUUUCCUUGGUCCUUUUGAACAUCCUAUGUUAUAAAUUGUGACAUUUAACAAGGAAAAUCAAGAAAACUGAACAGCAAACGGUAUGGUUCUACAGCAGAGGACCUGUAAUUAAUUCCUAGGGUGUGCAAAGAUAACAUCGCUAGUUGUUUGUUUGUUUGUUUGUUUGUUUGUUUGUUUGUUUGUUUGUUUUUAGCCUUGAGAAACUGCAGAGGUUGGUGAUUAGAGGGGAAGAGGAACAUCAUACAGGUUUUUGUCUUAGAGGCAUUUAUUUAGGUACCCAAUCCUCCACUAUGUGUGACACCACCACUGUCAGUAGAGGGGAUUAAAAAGGAGUGACACUUUUCUCCCUCAGCCUCUCUUGUGGAUGCCUUCUCCUUUAUCAAAGACCAUGUUUAAGGGCAAGCAAAGUGUGUUUUGUUAAUGGCAAAUAUAUCUCUGCACAUAAAAUUCCAUUACUAAAACAUUCAGUUUAAUAAAACAGUCUUUAGCCUGGUGAUGGUUCACACAAGCAAUCUGAUCAACAAAUUCUAUAGAGUGAAUUGGCUGUUAUGGAAGUUUUUUCCUCACUUCUUCCUCAAAAUAGCUUCAUUUUAGAUUCUUGAUUGCUUUGUCUUGGAGUUUACAGUCGAAGUGAGAUGGGAGAGAAUAAUUUAACUUAGCAAUUCUUUACCCUGCUCAUUUUGUAGAAAUAUUCCUCAGUUUCCCAUUUCAAACACUCUAAGCAAUUUUACCAAAAGGACACACCCAAGUGCCAAAAUUAAAACCCCACAAAUAAAACUAAAGAAUUAAGAGAUAAUGACUUAGAAAUAAGGAUAAGGAUAUGUACAAGACCCCUAGGUACAAAACUGUCCUUGUUAUUUGCUAAGUUACUUCAGAAACUGCUGUAAUUUUAUAUUACAUUUUAUUUUAGGUCCUUCAGACUAGCAGUAUGAUUUAUACCAAUGAUUGUCAGUUGAGAAUAUCAGUAGGGUAAACUAUUCUGAAGGUUCAGUUGAGUUCAUUAUGAAUUUUAUCUACUGCUGUUUAAUAAAUUCCCCCCAAAGGGUAAAAGCCAUGCUAUCAUCACGCAUAAAAAUAUAACUCUAAAACUGUAUCAUUCAUAAAUAACCUUCACUUUUUUUCCCCUCUCCCUUCUCUACACUGUCCCCUGUUUAAAGUAGUUAAGAACACUAAUUUCUCAAAGUUCCCCCUGUGGUGCAAUGGGAUUGGCAAUGUCAUGGGAGCACUGGGACACCGAUUCAAUCCCCGGCCCAGCACAGUGGGUUAAGCAUCCAGUAUUGCCGAAGCUGGCUUAGGUCGCAGCUGUGGCUUGGAUCAGAGCCCUGGCACAGAAACUGAGUAUAUCACGGGGUGGCCAAAAAAGAAAAAAAAAAAAAAAAAAAAA